AUGGAGAAUGCAGAUAGGGAGGAACGCGGGCUGGGUAGGGCUACUGCUCCCAACGACUUCCACCUUUAUCCCAUGGAUCUGUAUGACUCUGAAGACAGACUGCAGAUCUUCCCAGAAGAAAACGCUAGAAUGAGAAGAGAAGUAGUUCCAACUGAAAUGACCAAGGAGCCAAGAACGGCAGCAAAAGCUAGGACUCAAAGAGACCUUCAAGAGGAAGUUGAUGAAUUUGCCCAUUUAUUCGGAUUUGAAGAUGACCAUGAGUUAGGAGAUGAGUUUUUUGGUGAAAAUCCACUCAGGACCGAGAUUUCAGAAUAUCCUCCUUAUGUGAUGAAGAGAAGAGAGCCAGUCAGGGAACAGAAAGAUUGGCGAUUUGGUGAACAGGCAAAUGAGACUGAGGACCUGAGCUUCGGAGGGUGGGGCUCGGCAGACCAGUGCCAGGACCUGCGAGAAGCCUAUAGGUAUACACGGGGCCGGUCCAGUGAAGAGUACGAAUGCUAUGUCAUUCCAGAAGAGGAAGAUGAGGAAGAAGCUCCCAGCAUCUUUUGUGUCACUUGCAAAACUCCAGUAAGAGCUUGUGAGGCUUUGGAUGAACACAAGGAGCAUGAGGUGACCCCACUCGAUAAAGCACUGGAAAGUGCCAAGGAUGAAAUUCACAAAAACAUGUUCAAGUUAGAAAAGCAGAUUAUUGAGAUGGAAAACUUUGCAAAUCAUCUGGAAGAGGUUUUCAUCACUGUGGAGGAGAACUUUGGAAGGCAAGAACAAAACUUUGAAUCACAUUACAAUGAGAUCUUGGAAACACUUGCUCAAAAAUAUGAAGAAAAAAGACAUGCUCUAGGGGAGAAGAAGAAAGAGAAGCUGGAAGCCUUGUACGGACAACUAGUCAGCUGUGGAGAAAACCUUGAAACCUGCAAAGAGCUGAUGGAAACAAUAGAGGAGAUGUGUCAUGAGGAGAAGGUCGAUUUCAUGAAGGAUGCAGUGGUUAUGGCUGACAGACUUGGAAAAUUUCUGAAAACAAAAACGGAUGUGGAACUUUCUGCCCACCCUGACUUUGAAGACCAGAACUUGGACUUCUCCGAAGUGGAGCAGCUGAUGGACUCCAUUAACACCAUCCCAGUUCCAUCUGCUCCAGUGAUAAAUCCACAGGCCCCAAACUCAGCCACAGGUUCCUCAGUUCGCGUGUGCUGGAGUUUAUACUCUGACGACACUGUGGAGAACUACCAGCUGUCCUACCGGCCGGUUCAGGAUGGCUGCCCCCCGGAGGACCAGGCAGAGUUUACAGUGACUGUCAAAGAAACAUAUUGCUCAGUGACAAACCUUGUCCCAAAUACCCAGUAUGAAUUCUGGGUCACAGCUCAGAACAGGGCUGGCACCAGCCCUGCCAGCGAGUGUGCGGUGUAUAUGACAGCGCCUUCUCCCCCCAUCAUAAAAGUCAAAGAGAUAAGGAGCUGCGAAGAGGCUGCGCUGAUUUGCUGGGAAUCUGGGAACCUGAAUCCUGUUGACUCGUACACAGUGGAGCUGACCCAAGCAGAAACACCAGAGGCCUCCGGUGUCACUGAAUCUGUUGUGGGCAUCCCGACCUGCGAGUCCCUGGUACAGCUGCAACCCAGGCAGAACUACACAAUCUACGUGAGAGCCCUGAACAUGGGGGGCUCCAGCGCAAGGAGCCAGCCUGUUACCGUCCGCACCACAGGCUGUUACUUUCACCUAAACAAGGACACCUGCCAUCCCUGGCUGACCAUAUCUGAAGAUGGGUUUACUGUGGUCCGAAGCGAAAGGAAAACUCCAGCAAGGGAGCCACUACCCAGCAACACCCAGUUCACCAGGUGUGUUGCUGUGAGGGGAAAUCUAAUUCCCGUCCGAGGGCGCCACUACUGGGAGGUGGAUGUGGAUGAGCGUUUGGAUUACACUGUUGGCGUAGCCUUUGAAGAUGUCCCUAAACAAGAGGACCUGGGCACAAACUGCCACUCUUGGUGCAUGAGGCAUACAUUUGCAUCAUCAAGGCAUAAGUACGAAUUCCUUCACAAUAAGACAACUCCAGAUAUAAGAGUCACCGUUUCCCCAAGGAGGAUUGGUGUUCUGUUAGACUAUGAAAACUCAAAGCUGUCAUUUUUCAAUGUGCACAUUUCUCAGCAUCUUUACACAUUCAGUUGUCAGUUUCACCAGUUCGUGCACCCCUGUUUCGCUCUGGGAAACCCUGGGAGCCUAAAGAUCCAUAACGGCAUUUCAAUACCAAAGCACGUGGCUUUCUAUUAG